GUGUGGAAAUUUCAGUGGCUUUCUUCUUUUCUGAUUUCCAGCUCUGCUGCCUACCUGCUGCCCCAUGAAGGCCGGAGCAGCGGCUCUCGCAGCCGGGAUCCUCGGCGGCACUGGCGUGCUGCUCUUCCUCAUCUCCUUCGGGACAGAGUACUGGCUCCUCGCUACGGACACCUGCGGCAUCUUCCAGCGGGGGAACAGCACCCUGCAGACCGGAGAGACUGAAACGCCAGCAGAGGUCAGGAAGGAGAUCCUCACUUUCCAUCACGAGGGCUUCUUCUGGCGGUGCUGGUUCUUUGGCGAGGGCCACCCGGAGACCAUCUGGACCUUCUGGUACACCAGCCAAGCACACCCCAAGUUCUGUAUGCAUGGCUACCUCUUUCCCCUGCCCAUUGCUCCUGGACCUUUCCCCCAUCCUUCCUACGACACAACUGCAGUGUACAGAGGCUUCUGGACGGCGUUCAUCAUGCUGGCGCUCGCCGCCGGGCUGGUGGGAGGGCUGCUGCUGGUGUGCGGGGUGCCCUUCCUCAGCCCCCGCGCCUACAAAGUCGGUGGCGGAUUCCUCCUCGCCUCGGGGGGCUUAUUUCUCCUGCUCAUAUUUCUCUUCGUGAUGUGGAAGGAGUUUGCUGCUGAUUUUCAGAAGUACAUCCUUCUGGAGAGGAGUGAGAAGUGCAUGGAGGAUGUGCCCGUCCACGUCUAUUACGGGUGGUCCUUCAUGUUAGCUGCCGCGGGGGUGCCCCUGGUUUUACUUUCUGGACUCCUCUUCUACCUGGUCGGCAGAGACAUUAUGAAGUCCCUGGAGUAAGACAAAUUUGGAGAAGGCCUUUGAGCAAAUUGGUGAUGCUCCUUGUAAUGAAAAGUACCCAAGUUUUGAGAACUCGAUUGUUUUUGUAGCUAUAAUUGUCAGUGAAGGUGCGUGAUUACAUGGGGGCAGGGAUGGAGCUCUAAGUAUCCAACCACUGUCAGUCCAAAACCAGCCCCAGCUGAACGUCUAGCUCCACCAUUUUUGCACUUUGGAGAAAUUUAGACAUAUCUAUAUGUUUUACCCUUUUUUUUUUUUUUUGAGCCUUUUUUUCUGCAGCCCAGGAAGGAGCCUUCGCUGUGAAAAGCACCUCCCCCCGGGUGCCAGCAGAGCCCCCAUCCAUAUUCAGCAGAGCUGGAGUUUUAUAGCGUUCCCAGCAUCCUUGUUUCUUGUAAAAGGUAAUCGAAUCUGGCUGUGACGGUGUACGCUCUAAUGUCUAUUUCUGAAAAGCAAUUAAGGAUGAUUUUUUUUUAGCUGGCUCUAAUUGACGUCAAAGGACAACCAUUUUAAUGGGAUGUCGGGAAACAUGAGAAACUUUUUUUUUCGUUAAAAGCCCUGAUUCUGAAGAUACUAAUGUACCUGGACCUAACUUAACUCUCAAUAAGUGAAUAAACCGAUUUGU